CACCGGGCGAUUGCGCUUGUGUGGCUCUUCCACUGUGAUACGCCGAUGCAGUAGGAGCUGUAACUUGUAGAUUGGAUGAACUUCAUUUUUUUUCAGUGUCUGGCGCUCUGGCUCCAACUCGAUUUUGAACAUUGGUUGUGGUUCCUUAUUUUUGUUUAAUAUGUUCAUGACCAUUUUUGCACUAAAGUUCUUUUCCUUGAGCGCUUCUACGAUUUCAGUGGUCGAAACAGUUGCCUCAAUCCCUUUGAGAACAACCUGUAGGCCCCUUGCGCUUUUUAGUUGGUAUGUAUAAAAGUUUUUUCCUGCUUCAUCCAAGAAUUUGGUUAGUAGACGAUGGCUAUCUUCGGUUUCAGUUUGAACCUUUGUUUCAUUUAUGUUCCCUUUUCUUAAGGGUAUUACGUAAAAUGAGUUUUCUCCUAUAAGUGUGGCUAUUUUGUUCACUAAUGCACUUGAGCUUUUUUCGCGAAUGUAUAUUGGAGGAGGCUUGACCUUCUUAGGUGACUUUGCCGGUUGUAUACUUUCAUCAGUAGAAUUUGCCAGCAGCUCAAAUCUGUUGGUGUUUUCUGGCCUUAUGUUAGUGAGCAUAUUAGCAUUGUCGCGUGUAAUAUUUGAUUUGUUUUCUGUUUGUUGACUUUUGUAAUUUUGAGGGCUAAGUUUUCUUUUUAUCGUUAUGUAGCGAUCCAUUCCAGUCUGUAUGGUGGACCCGGCGUUCUUGUUUACGUUUUGGCUUGCGGAUAGCGCAGCAGAACCGUUAAAUUGUGUUUUUGUUUUGAUCGCUGGCUCAGUAGGAGCAAAUGCUUGCGUCGACGAAAUUGAGCGAGCUGACGAUACCGUUCCAGUUGUUGUUGUGAUUGCAGUUGCAGUGGUUGUUGUUGUCACAGUACUAGUCACCGUAGGUAAGCGUAAAGAAAUUUCGCAAGUGUUUGAAAAUUGGGGGUUUUGUGACAGUAGUGAGGGAGAGCAAGAACGCGCUCUUUCUUGAGUUGUUGGCAAUGGUAAACUUGUCGGGUUAUGGGUAAUUGACCGCUCGCUGUCUGCAGAAGUCGCGGAGACGUAAGAGAAGUACGGGUUGUUUCGUUGCAAUGAGAGCCGGCGAUCGUCUUGCUCGCGUUGUCGCUGAACGCGAGUGUCGUUCUGGCUCAUAGUGUAAAACUACUUGCUUAUACUAUUUCAAACACAGAAUAUGUAUUCGAGCGAUGGUGCAUCGCACAGAGCGUCUCUUUCGCUUUCGAUUUAUUUGUUUGUAUUAUAUUAAUAACCAUUCACUUCACUAAAAACAACCGAUUUUAUACGGAGCUCGAUGACGCGAAGUGCGUUUAAACGUAAACGUUUUGUUAGAUCAUGCAGCCGCCAAAACUGUGCAGUAUUCUGCGAGUGAAGAACUAUUGUUACUCGAUUGUGCCCAGUCGCCUAGACCCGGACGAACAUUGCGAGCCCAGUUCUUCCAUUACCGCCGCCCCGGAACAUAACCGGCUGCAGGAGAGGAUCUCGAGUGGAACCAGUGCUGCCAUGGACAACCAGGGGCGCGAUGAAGAACUCACACCAAAAAGCACCCAACCACUAAAGAGGGUAAAUGCUGAGCCGCAAGGGCAAACUAAUUGAUGGAGGAAAAUUUCAAAUGUAAACCUUUAAUAAAUUGAACUAAAAUCAAAUAAAACCAAUUUAAGGGAAUAU